AUGUCUCCCGCCCUUACCGUCCACCACUUACGCCGCUCUCAGUCCGAGAGAGUUGUCUGGUUGUGCGAAGAACUCGGCAUCCCUUACAACUUGAAGUCGUAUGACAGGGAGCCUCCCGCCUUGCUUGCCCCGGAGGAGUAUCGCAGAAUCCACUGGUCUGGAACUGCACCUGUCAUUGAGGACGGAAGCGUGGUGCUCGCGGAAUCAAACGCCAUCUUCGAAUAUAUUCUCACAAAAUACGGCAACGAUCGCUUGUCUCUGCCUCCGACUCACCCGCAAUAUGCCGACUACCUCUUUUGGCUUCAUCGAGCAAACGGGGCCAUGCAGCCUGGUCUCAUUACCCUCAUGUUCUCUCGUCUCGGUGGCAAUUCAGAAGAGAGCCUUGAGUCCAAAUUCGCACAAAAGCGUGUGGAUCAGAACUUUGAAGGCAUGGACGCUCAGCUGGCCAAAUUUCCCUAUCUUGGAGGUGAUGAGUUCACAGCUGCUGAUUGCAUAUCUGUCUUCUCCCUGACUACGCUCCGCCUCUUUGGCGCUUUUUCUCUUGAGAAGUAUCCGAACAUUGUGAAGUAUCUUGAGCGGAUCUCACAACGCGAGGCUUAUAAGCGUGCUAUGGAGAAGGGAGACCCUGGUUUGGAGCCCGUCAUUAGCGCUGAAGCUCCAAAGAACACCAUCUGGUAA